AUGACUAACUCUUCAGGAUCGAGUCUAUGGUUCACAGUAUUGGCCACAGCAGCCAUAACUGCUGGUUUGGUGGAAACAUACCAUAGAUAUAUCUUAUCAACCACUUCAUCAUCAUCAUCAUCAUCAUCAUCAUCUACUUCAUCACCUCCUACCAAGAGAGUUGAUCAACAAAAGGAACAUUCUGAAGAAUUAAUAAGAGAACAAUUAGCAAGAAACUAUGCGUUUUUAUCAGACGAAGGUAUGACGAAAGUCAGAAAUCAGAGAAUCGUCUUAGUAGGAGCAGGUGGAGUUGGAUCUUGGGUUGCAACUAUGUUAAUCAGAUCGGGAGUUGAAAAUCUUAAAAUCAUUGAUUUUGAUCAAGUAUCAUUAAGUUCAUUGAAUAGACAUGCGGUUGCUACUUUAGCUGAUGUCGGGAUUUCAAAAGUUGAUUGUUUAAAAAAUCAUUUAUUACAAAUUUGUCCUUGGGCUAAUAUCGUAGUUAAAAAUCAAUUAUGGAAUAUCAAUAAUUCAAACGCAUUAAUCUAUGGUGAAGAUGGAGAAGAUGAUUUCAAUCCAACUUAUGUCAUUGAUUGUAUUGAUAAUAUCGAUACUAAAGUUGAUUUAUUAACUUUUUGUUAUGAAAAUAAGCUUCCUGUGAUUUCAUCAGGUGGAGCCGCCUGUAAAUCUGAUCCAACUAGAAUUAAUAUAAGUGAUAUUUCCAAGACGGAAGAAGAUCCAUUAGCAAGAUCAGUUAGAAUCAGAUUAAAGAAAAGAGGAAUCCUUACUAAUAUCCCAGUGGUAUUUUCUGCUGAAAAACCAGAUCCAAGAAAAGCUCAAUUAUUACCAUUAUCAACUGAAGAAAUUGAAAAAGGUUCAGUUGAUCAAUUGGCUGCUUUACAAAACUUCAGAGUGAGAAUCUUACCAGUGUUAGGUACCAUGCCAGGUAUGUUUGGUUUAACUAUUGCUACAUAUCUUAUAACUUCCAUCUCAGGAUAUCCUAUUGAACCUAUAGAAGGUAAGAAUAGAUAUAAGAUCUAUGAUGGGAUGUUACAAAGUUUAGCGGGUCAACAAUCAAGAAUCGGUAAAUUAGAACAAAGAAUUCCUAUCUCAUUAAAUGAUGUACCAUAUAUUUUAGAAGAAAUUUAUCGUGGUAAAUCCCCUAUUUCAAAUUAUUCUACCAGAUUAACUUUAUCGAGAUGGGAUCCAGCUCAAGAAUUAUCAUUCCAAAAUGUCGUUAUCAUGACCAAAGAAGAACAAAAGGCUCAUGAAGAUAGUGUAUUGAAUGGUGGUAAAUCAUUGACUGAAUUCUAUAGUCAAGAUAUAUUGGAUAGAGUUGAACAAAGAUUUAAAGAAGAAAAAUAUUAUUCUCAAUUUAGAUAG